CGCAAUAAGAAAUUCUGCAAAAGACAAAGACACAGCAUAUUAUUAAUUCUUAAUUUAACAACACUUUGGACUGCACGAGAGACGGCAAUUAUUGUACACGAAAAAGAAAGAUGUUCCACACGUAUAUAGUAUCGGAUUGAGAUCGAAUCGAUCUCGUUCGAUUUUGGACGCUGGUCCAUCAAGUUCAAGGAAUCAUGGACAUGAGCGUGGAGGAAACCGAGCUCGACGUCGGCUCGGCGAGCGACGAGUUGGAGUCGUCGGCCGCGGAACCGAAGCUCGCGCGACGUCCGACACCGCGACCCUUCACGAUCGAGAGUUUGAUCGGCAGCGCGCGUGAAGAUCAUGAUACCGGCGGUGGCGGUGGCAUAACGCGAGACGAUCGGACAAACGGCAGCGAAGAGGAAGAGCACCGAGACCGGGAAUACCAGCUUUAUCAGAGGCACUACCUGGCGACCGCGGCGGCGAGCACGCUUCCCUCAGGUUUCGGCGUGCCACUCGGAUUAUACAGUGCUUGGCUACCAAUGCGGAUGUACGGUGGCAGCGGUGCAUCCGGCGUCCCGAUGCUGCCGCCACAGCAUCCGUCCACCGGCUACCCGGCUCACCCGGAACUGCAUCAGAAUCGACUGUCGCAGCCCUCCAUACCACCAUCCAGUCAUUCGCAGGGAUAUUAUGCACUGGAUGGUUGCCGUCGUGUCACGAAUCAGCGUGCACCGAGUAGCUUCACCGACAGCGAGGAUGAGGACGGCAGCGUCGGUUCGCCGGCAUCACCGGCUCACGAUCUUUCUAAAUCCCGACACGGAUCUGAGAACGGUCGCGCAUCAGCCGAAAGCGACGAAGAGGGUGGCGGAGCUGCGGGUUCCGGCGAGAGUCAUGACAUUUCCGACGGCGUCGUCAGCGGUGCCGGCAAUGCCGCCCCAAGUCCUAGCAGGCCUUUAGAGAAUGGACAGAAUUCAUCAGCAUCAGGUGCCGGUGGCAACAAAGCUCGUCGGCGACGUACCGCGUUCACUUCGGAACAGCUGCUCGAGCUGGAGCGCGAAUUCCACGCCAAGAAAUACCUGAGCCUAACAGAACGCUCGCACAUAGCGCACGCAUUGAAACUGUCGGAGGUGCAGGUCACCAUGACGGCCUCCAGUGCUUCUGGACGCCACAAUGGUGCCACGGGACAACACACUUCCGGUACAAGAAUUGUGGUGCCGAUACCGGUGCAUGUGAGCCGUUUAGCGGUCAGAUCGCAUCACCAUCAUCUGGAGAAGUGCGCGAGAGCACCGCGCGCGAGACCGACGCCUUCGGGCGAGGGUGGGUCCUCGGGAGCGUCGUCGUCGGUGUUGAGCGAUGCCUUGGGACUAGUGAAUACAUCGGUGAAUUUGAGCGGUCAGGUACAGCCGCCUCUGGGUGCCGGCAUGGGGGUGGAAAUCGGGGUCGGGGGUGGUCUAAGGGCCUUUGCGGUACCAGCGCAUCGAGCCGGUCUCGGAUCCUCCGGAAGGUAGUGAACGUCGCGAACGGAUAAACUUGGAUGUUUGACAGAAGAAUAUGAAAGGAACAAAUAGAGGUAGAUCGAUCAAUGGUGUAAGACGCACGCGUGAUAAGAUGAAGUCGAGUUCUCAUUAAAAUUGAUUAUAGUGUCAAUCAAAAAAUUAAAACCGGUUAUGACAAAUGUGAAACAUUAUAAGAAGAUA